GGGUGCACCCGAGUGGUUGGUUACAAACAAAUUAAAGGAAAGUGACCAUAUACGUAUCGCUUCCUUGUUCAGUCCACGCUCCCUCAAUCCCUCACUCGACAUCAAUGGUUCAGCCACCAACGGGAGAGGAUACCUACCGAACCGCGGCGGCGAAGCGGCCACGCGACGAGGGAGACGCGGCGGCUGCGUCGGGAGGAACUGGCAUCGGCGCCCCGUCGCCGAAGCGGCAGGCGAAGUCGACGCAGGAUGUCUUAUUCAGAAUUGUGGUCCCCUCAAGGCAGAUCGGGAAGGUUAUCGGCAAAGUAGGGUCGCGAAUCCAGAGAAUUCGAGAAGAGACCAAAGCCACCAUCAAAAUCGCCGAUGCCGUUUCGCGGCACGAAGAGCGUGUAAUCAUUAUAAGUUCUAAAGACAGCGACAAGAGGACUUCUGAUGCAGAGAAUGCCCUCCAUCAAAUAGCCAGUUUGGUCUUAAAGGAUGACGUUGGCAAUAUCGAGCCACUAAAUGUUGGGGCAGGACACAUGGCUGCGAAUACAAUAAGGCUCUUGAUUGCUGGUUCCCAAGCAGGUUCUUUGAUUGGAAUAUCUGGUCAAAACAUUGAGAAACUGAGGAAUUUCUCUGGUGCCAUCAUCACUGUUCUCGCUCAACAUCAGUUACCUUUUUGUGCAUCUGCUCAUGAAUCUGAUCGAGUGGUACAGAUAUCAGGCGAUGUUCCUGCAGUGCUGAAGGCUUUAUCAGAGAUUGGAUAUCAACUAAGAGAUAACCCACCUAAUCAAGUAAUUUCCAUCAACCCGACUUAUAAUCUUGGUUUCAAUCGACCCCCUCAACAAUAUGUAGACCCGAAUUCAGCUGAUUAUGUAACUCUGGAGAUGUUGAUUUCUGAAACAUUGGUUGGUGGCUUGAUUGGGAGGUGUGGCUCCAACAUAUCAAGGAUCAGAAGUGAGUCUGGAGCUACGAUCAAGGUUCAUGGUGGGAAGGGUGAACAAAAAGAAAGGCAAAUCCAUCUCGGUGGUAGUGCUCAACAGGUUUCUUUAGCAAAGCAGAGAAUUGAUGAAUAUAUACAUUCCCAGUUGGUACAACAAGCUGGUACUCAUCAGUCGAUUGAUAGUAAAGAUACAACAGAUCUUGCUCCUAUCUUCACAUCUACUGCUGCACAACAGGUUCCUGCCUAUCCAAGGCAACAGGUUCCUGCCUAUCCCAGAGAACAGGUUCCUGCCUAUCCAUCACAACGAUUUCCUGUCUAUCCCCCACAACAAUUUCCUGCCUAUCCCACACAACAGUUUCCAGCUUAUCCAACACAAGAAGUUCAUGCUUGUCAGGGCCUGUCUUUCCAUGCACCACCAAUGUAGGUUUGAAUACGGCCCCAUUUUUUUAUGGCAUUCAUCACACCUCUACUGUAGAAAUUGCGAAUAAUGUUGUUUGAAAGUAUGUGCAGUAACUUUCUUUUGUA